AUGUUGCCCAGAGAGGGGAAGAGCUUGGGAAGAGGAACACGCCCUCUGCACUUCCCUGAGGAAGGACCCGGCGCUGCUGCUCUCCUCCUGUGCACUGGCUGCACCUCCCAGGCAGCGCUCCAGGACAGGAUGUAUCCUCCCGACAUGGCCACUUCCCCUCAGCCACUCACCACUAAGGUCGCCGGUUCUGAGAACAGCAGCGACUUCUAUGACUAUGAGUACUACUUGGACAACGUGGCCUUCACGCCCUGCAUGAAGCACGAGGUGCUGGCCUUUGGCAAAGUCUUCCUGCCGGUCUUCUACAGCCUGGUCUUUGUGCUGGGCUUGAGCGGGAACCUCCUCCUCCUAGUGGUCUUGCUCCGAUACGUGCCUCGCAGGAGGAUGACGGAAGUCUACCUGCUGAAUCUGGCCAUCUCCAACCUCCUGUUUGUGGUGACCCUGCCCUUCUGGAUCAUCACCGUGGCCUGGCAUUGGGUCUUCGGCAAUUUCUUGUGCAAGAUGGUGAGCACUCUCUAUACCAUCAACCUCUACAGUGGCAUCUUCUUCAUUAGCUGCAUGAGCCUGGACAAGUACCUGCAGAUCGUCCACGCUCAGCCCCACCACAAGCUGAGGACCCGGGCCAAGCGCUGGCUCCUCGCUGUCAUAGUGUGGGCUGUGGCCCUGGCUGUCUCCAUCCCUGACAUGGUCUUUGUGCGGACCCACCAAAACCAUGAGGGGGUGUGGAACUGCUAUGCGGAUUUCGGGGGACAUGGGACCAUCUGGAAGCUCAUACUCCGCUUCCAGCAGAACAUCUUGGGGUUUAUCCUUCCACUCUUCGCCAUGAUCUUCUUCUACUCCCGCAUCGGCUCUGCCCUGGUCAGGCUGAGGCCCCCAGGCCAGGGCCGGGCUCUGAAGGUAGCCAUUGCCCUCGUGGUGGCCUUCUUCGUGCUCUGGUUCCCGUACAACCUCAUCUUGUUCCUGCACUCGCUCAUGGACCUGAAAGUCUUUGGGGACUGCAAGACCAGCAAUUACCUGGAUUAUGCGCUGCAGGUCACAGAGAGCAUCGCCUUCCUUCACUGCUGCGUCACACCCGUCCUCUACGCCUUCUCCAUCCACUGCUUCUGCCAGUACCUAAAGGCUUUCUUGGCCGAGUUGUUUGGACGGCGCCAGGGACCAUGCCCUGUCCAGGCCCCACUGUCCAGCUGUUGUGAGAGUAGCAGCCUCACCGUCCAAGAAAUGACCAGCAUGAAAGACCUGGAGGAGGGGCAGUCUGAGGACUCCCCCAACAAGGGGGCUCUCGGGGAAUAUAAAGCCUCAGCGGCCAUGCCACAGUCUGGUGAGAGCGGAGGGGACCUGACUCAGCUGGGCGUCCACCCAGCGUCUUCUCUCCAAGGGCCCCAGUGA